ACGAGAUCGAUCGAGAAGUUUCUGGCAGUCGAAUUUUAGGCCACAAAACCAAUCGGCCACCAAAAUCAAGAGGAGAAUUGUGUAACCAUGACGAACGCGAUCAGCACAGAGGAGGUAACCGAUGCCGGUACCUAUAAAGAUAAGGGAAAUGAGGCCUUUAAGGCCUCCCGCUGGGAGGAGGCAGUGCAGCACUACAGCAAUGCCAUUAAAAUGGGUUCCAAACACAAGGAGCUGCCCGUAUUCUACAAGAACCGUGCUGCCGCCUAUCUGAAGCUGGAGCAGUACGAGAACGCCUUGGAGGACUGCACGGAGUCGUUGAAGACGGCUCCCGGGGAUCCCAAGGCCCUUUUCCGGCGGGCGCAGGCGUAUGAGGCUCUGGAAAGGUUUGAGGAGGCCUACAAAGAUGCCACUGCAUUGUUCAAGGCGGAUCCGGGUAACAAAACUGUGCAGCCCAUGCUUCAAAGGCUCCAUGUCAUCGUGGAGGAGCGAGUGGCACGCAAUGCCAAAACCUCGACGAAGGUGAAGCAGAUGAUGGAUCUAACCUUUGACUUUGCCGCCCCCAUCGAUAAGCGACGCUCUGCAGCCAAUAACCUGGUCGUUUUGGCCAAGGAGCAGGCUGGAGCGGAGCUCAUGUACAAAGAACACUGUAUCCAGAAGGUGGCUACGCUGGCCAAGCUGGAAAAGGAUCAGGACAUUUAUGUGAACAUGGUGCGUGUGGUGGCCGCUCUUUGCGAAAAUAGCGUUGAGCGUACGAAGGGCGUACUCACGGAGCUGGGAGUCCCUUGGUUCAUGCGAGUCUUUGACCAGAAACACGAGGACUGCGUGGCCACUGCCCAGUAUUGCCUGCAAACCAUCAUUAAUGCCUUGUCGGGAUUGAAGAACAAGGCGGACGCCAAGCCAAACAAAGAGCUGUGCGCUAAGAAUAACCGGGAGAUUGACACACUGCUCACAUGUCUCGUGUAUAGCAUAACGGAUCGUACAAUUUCUGGAGCUGCUCGAGAUGCGGUCAUGGAGCUGAUCACCAGAAAUGUUCACUACUCGGCUUUGGAGUGGGCUGAGCGUCUGGUGGAGAUCCGGGGCCUGUGCCGCCUGCUGGAGGUGUGCUCCGAAUUGCCGGAUUACAAGUACGAGAGUGCCAUGGAUAUCACCGGCUCAUCGUCAACGAUUGCUUCGGUUUGUCUGGCCCGCAUAUACGAGAACAUGUACUAUGACGAAGCCAAGCAGAAGUUCACGGAUCAAAUCGAUGAGUUCAUCAAAGAUAAGCUGCUGGCGCCCGAUAUGGAGUCGAAGGUGCGAGUAACUGUGGCAAUUUCGUCUCUACUUAGUGGGCCCCUGGAUGUGGGAAAUCAAGUCAUUGCCAGGGAGGGCAUCCUGCAGAUGAUUUUGGCCAUGGCCACCACCGACGAUGAGCUGCAGCAGCGGGUGGCCUGCGAGUGCUUGAUAUCCGCCUCAUCCAAAAAGGAUAAGGCCAAGGCUCUCUGUGAGCAGGGUGUGGAUAUCCUCAAGCGUUUGUAUCACUCCAAGAAUGAUGCGAUUCGUGUGCGCGCCCUGGUGGGUCUUUGCAAGCUGGGCAGUUACGGUGGACAGGAUGCAGCUAUUCGGCCAUUUGGCGAUGGUGCUGCUCUAAAGUUGGCGGAGGCAUGUCGUCGUUUCCUCAUUAAACCUGGCAAGGAUCGGGACAUCCGUCGCUGGGCAGCCGAUGGUCUUGCUUAUCUAACCCUAGAUGCCGAAUGCAAGGAAAAACUGAUUGAGGAUAAGGCUUCGAUACACGCUCUCAUGGAUCUGGCUCGAGCUGGAGAUCAGUCGUGUAUUUAUGGUGUUGUCACCACUUUUGUGAACCUGUGCAAUGCGUAUGAGAAGCAGGAACUAGUGCCCGAGAUGGUGGAGCUGGCCAAGUUUGCCAAGCAUCACAUACCCGAGGAGCACGAGCUGGAUGAUGUGGAUUUCAUUAAUAAGCGGAUCACGGUGCUGGCAAACGAGGGAAUAACGACUGCCCUCUGUACCCUGGCCAAAACGGAGAGUCAUAAUUCUCAAGAGCUGAUUGCCCGAGUCCUGAAUGCCGUUUGUGGCCUGAGAGAGUUGAGGGGCAAAGUGGUGCAGGAUGGUGGUGUUAAAGCACUUCUUCGCAUGGCCCUUGAGGGUACCGAGAAGGGCAAACGUCAUGCUUGUCAGGCACUGGCUCGGAUUGGUAUAACCAUCAAUCCAGAGGUAUCUUUCAGCGGCCAGCGUUCUUUGGAUGUGAUUCGUCCGCUAUUGAACCUCCUGCAGCAGGAUUGCACCGCCCUGGAGAACUUCGAAGCAUUGAUGGCGCUCACCAAUCUGGCCAGCAUGAACGAAAGCGUCCGCCAGAGGAUCAUCAAGGAGCAGGGAGUGUCCAAGAUUGAAUUUUAUCUAAUGGAGGAUCAUCUGUAUCUCACUCGUGCAGCUGCCCAAUGUCUGUGCAAUCUGGUGAUGAGCGAAGAUGUCGUAAAAAUGUUCGAAGGCGACAACGAUCGCGUGAAGUUCUUGGCCCUGCUCUGCGAGGAUGAGGACGAGGAGACGGCAAUGGCCUGUGCCGGAGCUUUGGCCAUGCUCACAUCGGUGUCCGUUAAGUGCUGCGAAAAGAUUCUCGGCAUUGCCAGCUGCCUGGAUAUCUUGCAUACGCUGAUUGCCAAUCCCAGUCCAGCCGUGCAACAUCGUGGCAUUGUUGUAAUCCUUAACAUGAUUAACUCGGGCGAGGAGAUCGCCAAGAAGCUAUUCGAGACGGAUAUUAUGGAGCUUCUGAGUGGACUGGGACAGCUGCCCGAUGAGUCGCGUGCCAAGGCCCGUGAAGUGGCCAUCCAGUGUCUGGCGGCGGCGGAGAGGUAUCGCAUCAUUGAGAGAUCCGAUGAAGCAGAGAUACCGGAUGUGUUUGCCGAAAGUGCCAAGAUAACGGAGAUUACCGAUGACUGAUCGAUCCAUUGUGUGCCUUAUAAACCACCUCCCCACCUCGUUUCAUAUUCUCUCAUCCCUAAACUAUAUUUAUUUUCAAGCAACAUAUAUUGUUUUAUGACAAAUAUUGUACUUACGAAUUUAUUAUUAAAUUCAACUAAAAGUGUUUCGUUUUGAA